AUGUGCACACACUACCACUCUUCUUCUUCUUUCUUGCUACUAAAAGGCGCCUCUAAGCUUCGCUUUCUUUCGUCUCUGUCUAGACCGUCCUCUGUUUCGAAGACUCCGCCAUCAUCUGUUUCUUUUCCCAACCAAAAUCUUCAGAGCUCGAGCUUCUACUCGGCUCUUCCCUGCAUUAGACGCUCGACUGCCCCUUGGAGCCACGGCACCGAUUGGCGUUCCCCUCCCAGUCUUCGAGUCCAGGCCAGAGUUGCUGCUCCGCGGCCUCCGCCUUCUCAACGUUUCACUACCAUGGGUAUGGCUAUAAUGAUUCACACUAAUGCUAAAGAUGUUGAUGCACUUUUCUUGAAUUCAGCCUCUGAGCAUGCCUUCAAGGGAAUAUUGACCAGUCUUCCCAGGCCGGAGGGUGGAGAGUUUGGAAAGUUUUAUAGCUUGCCUGCUCUUAAUGAUCCAAGGAUUGAUAGGUUGCCAUAUUCAAUUAGAAUACUUUUAGAAUCUGCGAUACGAAAUUGUGAUAACUUUGAAGUUACCAAGGAUGAUGUUGAAAAGAUUAGCGACUGGGAGAAUACAUCACUUGAGCAAGUUGAAAUUCCUUUCAAGCCUGCCCGUGUCUUGUUGCAGGACUUAACUGGAGUCCCAGCUGUGGUUGAUCUCGCUUCAAUGAGAGAUGCUAUGAAGAAUCUGGGCAAUGAUCCCAACAAGAUUAAUCCUCUGGUCCCAGUGGACCUUGUCAUUGAUCAUUCAGUUCAGGUGGAUGUGGCGAGAUCAGAGAAUGCACUGCAGGAAAAUAUGAAAUUCGAAUUUGAGAGAAACAAAGAGAGGUUCGCCUUUCUUAGAUGGGGAUCAUCUGCGUUCCGUAACAUGCUUGUUGUUCCUCCUGGAUCAGGAAUUGUUCACCAGGUCAAUCUUGAAUACCUAGGGAGAGUUGUUUUUAACACCAACGGCCUACUCUACCCUGAUAGUGUUGUUGGCACAGACUCCCACACAACAAUGAUUGAUGGGUUGGGAGUUGCUGGAUGGGGAGUAGGUGGAAUUGAAGCAGAGGCGGCAAUGCUUGGCCAGCCAAUGAGCAUGGUUCUUCCUGGUGUUGUGGGGUUUCAAUUGUCGGGUAAGUUACGUGAUGGUGUUACAGCUACUGACCUGGUGUUAACUGUGACCCAAAUGCUAAGAAAGCAUGGAGUUGUUGGCAAGUUUGUUGAAUUUUAUGGUGAGGGCAUGCGUGAACUAUCAGCUGCUGAUAGGGCUACAAUUGCCAACAUGUCUCCAGAGUAUGGAGCAACAAUGGGGUUCUUUCCUGUUGAUCAUGUCACAUUGGAGUAUCUGAAACUAACCGGAAGAAGUGAAGAAACAGUGUCUAUGAUUGAAACAUAUUUGCGUGCAAACAAAAUGUUUGUUGACUACAAUGAGCCACAACAAGAACGAGUAUAUACUUCCUAUUUGCAUUUGGACUUGGGAGAUGUUGAGCCUUGCGUUUCAGGACCGAAGAGGCCUCAUGAUCGAGUUCCUUUGAAAGACAUGAAAGCUGAUUGGCAUGCAUGCCUUGACAAUAAACUUGGAUUUAAGGGAUUUGGAGUGCCCAAAGAAGAACAGGAUAAGGUGGCGAAGUUUACUUUUCAUGGACAGCCUGCUGAAAUAAAGCAUGGUAGUGUCGUCAUUGCGGCUAUUACAAGUUGUACAAACACAUCAAACCCUAGCGUAAUGCUUGGGGCUGGUCUUGUUGCAAAGAAAGCUUGUGAACUAGGUUUGGAGGUUAAGCCAUGGAUCAAAACAAGUCUUGCUCCAGGAUCUGGAGCUGUCACAGAAUAUUUGCUCAAAAGUGGCCUUCAAAAGUAUUUAAACCAGCAGGGGUUUCAUAUUGUGGGCUACGGAUGCACGACUUGUAUAGGGAACUCUGGAGAACUAGAUGCACCGGUUGCUUCUGCAAUUGCUGAAAAUGACAUAAUUGCUGCAGCUGUUCUUUCUGGAAACCGAAAUUUUGAAGGCCGCAUACAUCCAUUAACAAGAGCUAAUUAUCUUGCAUCUCCUCCAUUAGUGGUUGCCUAUGCCCUCGCUGGCACGGUUGACAUUGAUUUUGAUAAAGAGCCCAUUGGAACUGGGAGGGAUGGUAGAAGCAUAUAUUUUAAGGAUAUUUGGCCCAGUAACGAAGAGAUUGCAGAGGUUGUUCAAUCUAAUGUGUUACCUGAUAUGUUCAAAAGCACAUAUGAAGCUAUCACAAAGGGCAAUCCCUUGUGGAACCAGCUAACAGUGCCUACUUCUACUCUAUUUUCUUGGGAUCCAACCUCCACCUACAUUCAUGAGCCUCCUUAUUUCAAGAACAUGACAAUGGACCCACCAGGUCCUCAUGGGGUAGAAGAUGCUUAUUGUUUAUUGAAUUUUGGAGAUAGCAUAACAACAGAUCAUAUUUCUCCGGCUGGGAGCAUCCACAAGGACAGCCCUGCUGCAAGGUAUCUCCUUGAGCGUGGGGUGGAUUACAGGGACUUCAAUUCCUAUGGAAGCCGUAGAGGUAAUGAUGAAGUGAUGGCAAGGGGCACCUUUGCCAAUAUUCGCCUUGUGAACAAGCUUCUAAAUGGGGAAGUUGGACCAAAGACAAUACACAUUCCUACAGGAGAAAAGCUCUAUGUUUAUGAUGCGGCAGUGAGUUACAAAGCUGCUGGUCAUGACACCAUUGUUUUAGCCGGAGCUGAGUAUGGAAGCGGAAGCUCCCGGGAUUGGGCUGCCAAGGGUCCGAUGCUUCUUGGAGUAAAAGCAAUAAUUGCCAAGAGCUUUGAGAGAAUCCAUCGAAGCAAUCUUGUUGGAAUGGGAAUAAUCCCUCUCUGUUUCAAGUCUGGUCAGGAUGCAGAAACCUUAGGACUCACAGGUUAUGAACGUUACAAUAUUGAUCUCCCAAGUAAUAUUGGUGACAUUAGGCCUGGCCAAGAUGUCAAUGUUACAACAAACACGGGCAAAUCUUUUAUGUGCACAUUACGAUUUGAUACAGAGGUUGAGUUGGCAUAUUUUGAUCAUGGUGGUAUUCUUCCUUAUGUCAUCCGCAACUUGACUAAACGAUAAGUCUCUUGAAGAGAUUCUCAAGUACAAUGGAUCGACAAAAACGAUUUAUAUAUCAAGUUGAUUAUGAAUAGAUACGUGAACAUUUCAUGCGUAUUCUUAAGUGCAUUUUCAUCGCCUACUCUUGAUUCACAUGGUCGAUCAAUAUCUUUUAGACUCUGUCUAAUUGAGCUCAUCUCAAGCAUUGCUUGGUCAAUUGUUCC